GCAGCUGCCAAGCCAGCCAGAACUGCGAGCCAGCGAGCCAGCAAGCGAGGGAUUUUUCCACCCAGCAGUGCUGUCUGUCACCAUGGCCAGCUACAGUCGUGUCUUGCUGCGGAUGCUCCCGCUGCGCCGUUGGCCGUUGCCAACCCUGGGCCCUGUUUGGUUGAGCGAUCCCCAGCCAGCCUGCCGGGUCCUGUGGCCGUCUGGCCACGGCCUCGUGGACCGAGUCGUGGCCGAUGUGGAGAGGCAGAUGCAGGACAUGGAAAGGAUGACCCGGGCCUUCUUCCAGGCCUCGCCUCUGCUGACGUGGGAGCGCGAGGAGCAAAGGGAGCCACGCAAGGAGUGUGCCACGGAGGCCGCGGCGAAGGGGGCGCCAGAAGGGGAUUACCGUUUUUCUGUGGACGUGGCGGGUUUUUCCCCAGAGGAGGUGACCGUGAAACUGGAUGGCAGAAAAGUCACCGUGACCGCCAAGCGCCAGAGGGAGAGCGAAAGUGAGGAGGGCAGCUACUGGCAGGAGCACCAAGAGCUGAGGCGGGAGACCCUCCUUCCUCUCGACGUGGAUCUUCAGGCCGUCUCGUGCUCUUUGACCCCGGAGGGGCAGCUGUGUGUCGAGGCACCGCGGGUGGCUUCGUCCACGGCCACGGAGAAAGCCAUCCCGAUCGAUGUCCAGUCGGCAGCAUCAAAGAAGCCCAAUGGGGAAGAGAAAGAACUGGGGAGUGACCAAGAGGUCAAGCCAAAAGAUACCUGAAACCCUGCCUGAUACCUGCGGACCAUCCCCCAGCCACGGCAUGGAAAACCAGACUUGCAGUGCAGACAAGACUUUGCAUGCACUGGAGACUCACCUUUUGACUUUUCACCAGUUUGGACUCUUUUCUGUAUCAGGCUCAUCCAGGGCCCUUAUUUACUUGUUUCCGUCUAUGUAAUAAACCAUUUAUUUUUCAACAA